AUGGCCAUUCCCAGCCCGACUCUGGACAUCAAUGCCUCCAGACCACCAUCCGGAUUGGUGUCUCCCCGGCAUGUAAGAUCGAGGACGCAGAGUAUUUCCAGUGACAGACCCUCAACUAUUGGAUACGGCUUUGCUCUGCCACCACUGUCCGUCUCCCCCGAGGCUGCAUUCAUUGCCCACAGCGCGGCCUCUCAGAUCAUAACAAACGACCACGACAGUCACGCAGAUGCUUGGUACGAUCAGAAUGGCAUCGAGCCGGCGACCGAGACUGCAACUGUGUCACCUCAGGCGCUGCACCUGGUAAAUGGCUUUCUUGACCAACUCUUGUUCAACUUCUUGCAAGUUUCCAAGUCAACUACGCUAUCUGCGCUUCGGCCUGCUGUUGUUGAAGUCCUCAAGCCGAAACUUGCCAAAGAUGCCAUCAGCAACGCCGAUGAAGAGCUGCGCGAAUACCUAGGAGGCGCAAACGAAGAUGAAUACGCACAACCUCAAGGCUCGAGCCCACGUCGUGAUUGGGAUGCAGAACUUGCUUGGAAACGGACUAGGCUUCGAUGCAUGGUUUACUCAUCAUUGGGAGAUUUCGAAGAGGAGGAUGAAGAUGCGUACAUGGAGGAAGAGAAUCUUGAAAUUGGAGCCAAUGAGCAAAUCUCAGACGUCAUAUCUCCGGCCGUGGCGAUCUUCCUCACUUCGGUCGUUGAAUACAUGGGGGAGCUGACUCUGACUGUUGCCGGCCAAGCUGCAUAUCAGCGAGUGCGAUCAAAAAUUGAAAAGGAGCUCAAAGACGGCUCUCGGAAUGCGAGUAACCCGGCAGAUCGCAUAGUUGUUGGUGAUUUGGACAUGGAACGUGUUGCACUCGACAGAACGCUUGGCCGCCUCUGGCGAGGAUGGAAGAAGAGAAUGAGAACUCCCAUUACUGACAUUGCUGGGCGGCCGUUUUCAAAAGGAUCUUCCAUCUCAUCGAGGCAGGAACAAGGAGCAUCUGGCCACGAGAUUCCCGGGCUUCCCAAGUCCGCAAGCAGUGACCUGGGGAGUGAAUUUAGGAGAUCACAGGAACACUUGGAAGAGCCCAUCAUUGAGGAUGUUCAGCCUGUGGAUAUCCCAUUGCCUAUAGGAGAACGCGACGUGGAUGAGAUUGAGGUACCAGGUCUCACGCAUUACAGUGACGACGAGGGUGACGAUGAAAUGGACCAAGAAGAGGAUGAACAACUCGCCAAGCGCCCAAAGAGCCUUCUGCUCAGCUCAUCUGUGUUAACAAACGGACUACCAACGUCAACCAAAUCCCAACAGCAAACUCCCAUCAUUGCUACAAGACAACGAUCCAUGUCACUACCAACUUCGGGGGUCGCUCACUUCCACCAAAAGUCGAGGAAACAUGCACUGGUAUCAGCACUGGACUCCGAGGUUGACCAAGGGACCACAAUCAAGGCAGGCAUCGCAAAAGCAGUCGGCGAAGAGAAGGGUCUAGCGGCUGGAAUUGAUUCCACUACUCAAAGAGAUGCUGAUGUAAAGAGUCAAAGCUCAGAGUCGGAGUACGAUGACGCCGAGGAAGAGGUCGCGUAUGAGAAGGCUGAGGUGGUGACUUCUUCGCGCGUCUCCAUGUCUGGCAGCGCUCAUUCUACAGAUUCAGACAACCCUCCUCUGAAGCGAUCGUCCAGUGUGCAUUCGGCACGCAUUAUUGACGUGUCACCGCGAAGCCCUUCACACUCACGGCAAACCUCAAUGGACGCCACAGAACGACCGCAACGUGCUAGUUCAUCUGGUGUGGCCAGCGGCUUUGCAAGGAUGUCCAAUACAGAUGAUCGCUUCAAGGCUAUCAGCAACGAACCGUUGGUUAAAGCUUCAACUAAUACACCAUCGCCUCGAUCAUCGCACGAGAGGAGAAAACCAUCCGUUAACUACACAGCACCAAUCUCUGAGCUUGAGGAAGAAGUGACCCAAAAGUCAGCACACACCAUGGCCCAGCCGAAUCGCGCGCCAGAUGCCGCCGCGGUGUCAACAGCUGGCAGCACGGGCUCGCCAAGUCCGCUUCGUAAGAAGGCAGUUCGACCACCUGUCACUCUGAACACUAAAGCCCUUGCCCUGACGUAUGAACAAUCGCCCGUCAGUGCUCGGGGUGUUCCACUACCGGCAACACCUGCAAGCCCGAAUACUGAAGAAGAAGACGUACCAGCCCUCCCUAAGAAGGCUCCUGGCCACUCUAACUGGAGUAGCCCCAAGCCGGAAGGCAGAGGAUUGCUGUCCAUCGAGCGCACGAGAACUCGUGAGUCUGACGAGCUCAGCCUGCCAGUGCAACAGAACACGACGAGUGCUCGACAAGUGCAUACUGCUGCUUCAUCUGUCUCAUCGGGAGCUUCGCGUCUUAAGCCGGUGCGAACAUCCGAGGACAACUCCAGCCGCUCAGAAAGUGUGGCCCGCAACUUCGAGGAACUCAUCCAGAGCAAUCAAACCAUCACAUAUACUCUUACCCCAGAGAAUAUGCGCGAUAUCGAUUCAAAAGGUUCCUUGGACAGCCCUGUAGUAACGAAAUUUGCUCGCCGCAAGAGUGAAGAUGCUCGGGUUCAUCAACACUCUCCCAAGUCAUCCCCAAUUGUGGCCCAUUCAGGUAUCAACAAUUUACCUUCUCCUCGCCUGCCGCCCACGCCAUCUAGCCCGAAAGUUGCCGAUAGGAUGGCCAGUAGCAGUGGCAGCAAGUCGCCUGGUUCCGUUCAACGGAUUCAGACUGGCUCUAUAGGGUCCACGGCUAGAUCUAAUGCGUCCGUGGCCAGGGAUGCCCGUGUCCCGCCAAUAUCGACCUCAGACUUUGCUGAGUUUAUCAAGUCGACUGGCCCAGCCGACGAGGGGAAAUCUUACACCGUUCCCAAACUUAAUUCUCCGGUGAGCCCCAGCACGGGUCACAGGGAUUCACGGCGAGCGUCUGCGGCCAGCAGCGUCAAUCGCUUACGCCACCAGCCUCGUGACGCAGCUGUGGACAGCAGAGCAGAUAACUCAGACCUGAUCGACUUUAUUCGACAGGGACCGCCGAUCGCUGCAAGCAAUCAUCGGAUUCCUCGGCACGUAGCUCCGUUCCGCACAACAAUGGACUCGGACCAAAUGUCUGGAGCCAUUGGUGGUAGAGCCAUUGAUGCAAGUAUUCCGGACUUUCGUAGCAGCCGAGCAUCUACGAAUAUGACGGAGAGCUCUAUGCCGUCGAUGCAAUCUUCUGUGAACUCCAGGUCUGCGCUCAUCAAAAACAAAGCACCAGCAAUCCCUAGCAAGCCCUUCGACGACGAUAGCGGCAUGAUGCCCAAGCGCAAAACCCGGAGAGUGCGUGACCCGUAUGCUAUUGACUUCAGCGAUGAAGAUGAAGACGGGGAGCAGGACCAUGACGACCACAUUCUAGACACACCCAAACUCCCAGUUAAGAAGGAAGAGAGUCUAGCAGAGUUCCUCAAAAACUACGACCCUCCCCCAGAGCCUGUAUCAGCACCGACUCCUCGAUUACCCAAGAAGAAGGCCAGUGCGCCAAGCUUGAUGGGCCGGUUUACCCGGAAUAAUAAAGACAAGGAGAAGGAGAGGGAGAAGGAGAAGGAUACGUGGUCAAUCAAGGCCCCGUCAGAGGGACGAACGGUGAGCCGUGCUAGCAGUGGAAGGGGUCAUAUCCCAAUCCAAGUCAACAUGCCUCCCGGGUACGACAAGUACGGCCCAAUGGAUGGUAGUCGUGCAGCCAGUCGGCCUCGUGGGACGUCAAUGGCCUCUUCUACAGGGGCUAGGGUUCCCAUGAAGAGAUUUGAGCCGCGUGAGGCCGUCAGCAAACGUAGCGAGACCUCAGACUUGGCUGCGUUUUUGCGUGACUCGGCACCGCCACCAGAUAACUCACCCCUAGCAAUUGACCGCACAUCUGCACGCCAAGAAGACACCGGCGGUAUCUCCAGGAUGUUUGGACGUCGGAAGAAAUCCCUUGCUGUGUAA